UAUCUUAAGGUUGCCAAGAGUGCAAGGGAAAAGCUUAAUAAGCUCGAAGAAGACAGAAGGGAAUGUGAAGAUGACUUGAUGGAUCUGGAAAAGAGUCUAGACGAAAUAGAGGAGAAAGAGACAGAGACAGAGAAGGAACAAACAAAGACAAUGCAGAACCCUACUUCUUCUGAUGGUGGCAAGCUGGCUGCAGUAGCGUAUGAUUCCGCCUUUUACGUAGGAAUUAUAGUUAAAGACGAAGAAAUUCCUACUGUGGAAUUUUUAAAAAAAUCGGGGAAAAAAUUCAAAAAAGUAACUAAACACCCAGAGAWAUUGGAAAUAGAUCCAAUUUAUAUAUUUGAUUACCCAAAAUACAAAUUAGAGAAUGGUUAUUACAUUUUAGAUAUCGAGGAAACAAAACAAAAAUACCUCGCUUACAAGGAAGAAUUCAUGUAAAAAUUAUUAAUAGCAAUAAUUAUAUACAAUACAAAAUAUAUUUCUCAUUAAAGUAUCUAAAUUUAAGAUGUUUUAGCAAACUAGUAACAUAUGACUUUUGUUUUACCUAUUAUAUAUUAUAUUAGAAUUUCUUGUU